AUGGAUAUCUUCAGAAAAUGUAUGGAACUAGUUGAGAAGUGUUUGAGGGAUGCCAAGAUGGACAAGAGCAGCGCCGUCCACGAUGUUGUGCUUGUUGGUGGUUCCACUAUGAUUCCCAAGGUUCAUCAACUUCUGCAAUAUUUCUUAAAUGGAAAGGAGCUCUACAAGAGCUCUGCAAGAGCAUCAACCCUGAUCGAUGAGGCUGUUGCUUAUGGUGUUGCAGUCCAAUCCGCUAACUUGAGUGGUGAAGGACUGACGAUAACGAGAAGGUGCAGGGUUGUUCUUUCCUUGUAUGCCAGUGGUCGUACUACAGCGGGGGGAUUCCAAGUUGAUCCUUUGAUCGAGCAAGUAACGUAUGGUCACGAUGGAGCCGAGCAACCGCUGCUGACAGCGGAGCAUCGCUUCUCUCUGUUCAAAAAGCGGUUCAAGAAAUCGUACAUGUCACAGGAGGAGCACGGUUAUAGGUUCAAGGUUUUCCAGUAUAACCUGAGACGAGCGGCGCGUCAUCAGAAGCUUGACCCAUCUGCGACUCACGGGGUGACUCAGUUCUCCGAUUUGACUCCGGGAGAGUUCAGGAAUGUGUAUUUGGGAUUAAGGAGAUUGAGAUUGCCUAAAGAUGCGACCGAGGCACCGAUUUUGCCUACUGAUAAUUUGCCUGAAGAAUUCGACUGGAGAGAAAAAAGAGUUGUUUCAUCCGUCAAAAACCAAGGUUCAUGCGGAUCAUGCUGGUCUUUUAGUACAACAGGAGCCUUGGAAGGUGCUAACUUUUUGGCAACCGAAAAACUUUUGAGCCUCAGCGAACAACAGCUAGUCGACUGCGAUCAUGAGUGUGAUCAAGAAGAGAAAGGUUCAUGUGAUUAUGGAUGCAAAGGUGGGCUAAUGAACAGUGCUUUUGAGUAUACCCUCAAAACUGAUGGACAAGUCAUUACUAUCGGAACUGAGAGAUUCCGGUGUCCUGAAGUCCUCUUCCAGCCAUCUUCCAUAGGAAUGGAAGCAACUGGAAUCCAUGAAACUACCUACAACUCUAUCAUUAAGUGUGAUAUAGAUAUCAGGAAGGAUCUCUAUGGUAACAUUGUUCUUAGUGGUAGUUCAACUAUGUUCCCUGAUAUUGCAGACCGUAUGAGCAAGGAGAUCACUGCCCUUGCUCCAAGCAAUAUGAAGCAGAAGGUUUACGUGCAAGGAGGAUGA